AUGGUCGAGGGAACAGCAGCAAAGGAGCUCGCCCCGUCAAUCGACGUGACAAACCUGAGCUACACCUUCCCAGACGGCUCUAAAGGUCUCCGUGAGAUCUUUCUCAGUCUUCCUCCCGGCAGCAGGACGCUGCUCAUAGGAGCCAAUGGUGCUGGUAAAACUACUCUUCUCCGUCUGCUGUCAGGAAAGCGAAUGGCACCCCAAGGCUCCGUCUCCAUCGCUGGUGUGGACCCCUUCAAGCAUGGACUCGAGGGGGUAACUUACCUUGGCCUGGAAUGGGUCCUGAACCCCAUUGUCCGCACUGACAUCGACGUACCUACGCUACUGUCAUCUGUCGGUGGCGAUCUGUACAAAGACAGGCGAGAUGAACUCGUACGGAUCUUGGAUAUUGAUCUGUCAUGGCGCAUGCACGCUGUCUCGGACGGAGAGCGCAGGAGAGUACAGCUCGCUAUGGGUCUGCUGAGGCCUUGGACCAUCCUUCUUCUCGAUGAGAUCACAGUAGACCUGGAUCUGCUCUCUCGCUCGAACUUCCUCGCCUUCUUGAAGCGGGAGACCGAAACGAGGCCGUGCACUAUCGUUUAUGCGACGCAUAUUUUGGAUAACCUGGCUACCUGGCCAACGCACCUAGUCCACAUGUCCUUGGGCAGAGUGAAGAAGUGGGGCAGCGUUGAGGAGCUGAACGUAGUCGCUGAUCCAGGCACACGGGUCCUUUCCGGUAACAGCCAGCUAGGCGAAUUGGUUCUGCAGUGGCUCCAGGAGGAUCUCAAUGAAAGAGGCCCGAGAAAUGGGAAAGCCUCUGAGGGGAAGACAUAUGAGAGUUACGAGGGCAAGGGUGGCUACGGUACAGAGCAUGCUGAGGACCACUUGGACAAACCCGAAGUUUCAACCGAACCACGGCGCCGAGAGUUUAAGUGA